CAAAUACCACACAAACGAUUUCGAUCAUUGAUUCUUUUAAUUACAGAAUCGGAUUGAUUUCAGAAGCAAGAAGGAAGUAGCGUUGAUCUCCUUCAGAGUUUUUGGUCACGAUGGGUGUUCCAGCACUUUUUCGACUUUUGUCGAGAAAAUUUGCCAAAGUUAUUACGCCUGUAGUUGAGGCACCGACUCAGACGCUUCCUGAUGGGACAGAAGUUGGACCAGAUCUGAGCCUUCCAAAUCCCAAUGGUGAAGAAUGCGAUAAUUUAUACCUGGAUAUGAAUGGCAUUGUCCAUCCUUGUUCGCAUCCUGAAGAUCGACCGGCACCUGAAACUGAGGAUGAGAUGAUGAUUGCCGUUUUUGAGUAUACAGAUAGGAUUUUGGCAAUGGUUCGUCCCAGAAAGUUGCUUUACAUUGCCAUCGAUGGUGUAGCCCCUCGUGCCAAAAUGAAUCAGCAGCGAUCACGUCGAUUUCGAUCUUCUCGUGAAGCUGCUCAAAAAGAAGCUGAGCUUGAAACUUGCAUUGAGGAAGCAAAAAAACAGGGAAUUCCUGUCGAUGAAGAGGCAAGCAAGAAAAAGGCUUGGGAUAGCAAUUGUAUUACACCAGGAACACCGUUUAUGGAUACAUUAGCUAAAUCGCUACGAUACUACAUUAUAAAUAAACUAAACACAGAUCCUUGCUGGAGAAACACUCGCUUCAUUCUGUCAGAUGCAUCUGUGCCAGGUGAAGGUGAGCACAAAAUUAUGGAAUUUAUUCGUUCUCAACGAGUAAAACCAGAAUAUGACCCAAAUACUCAUCACGUUGUGUAUGGAUUGGAUGCCGAUUUAAUUAUGCUUGGUCUGGCAACUCAUGAACCUCAUUUCCGCGUACUGAGAGAAGAUGUAUUUUUCCAACAAGGCAGUACUCGAAAAACGAAGGAAGAACGAUUAGGUUUGAAGCGGUUAGAUGAAACAUCAGAAACUAAUAAGGUUCCUGUGAAGAAGCCAUUCAUUUGGUUACAUGUUAGUAUUCUUCGAGAAUACCUGGAAGUUGAGCUGUAUGUUCCUAACCUGCCUUUCCCUUUCGAUCUUGAAAGAGCCAUUGAUGACUGGGUGUUUUUCAUUUUCUUCGUCGGUAACGACUUUCUUCCCCAUCUUCCAAGCUUGGAUAUUCGUGAUGGUGCAGUAGAACGUCUGACUGAAAUUUGGCGUACCUGUCUUCCACAUAUGGGAGGUUACUUAACCCUAGAUGGAUCAGUUAAUUUAACCCGUGCCGAGAUGAUUUUGACUGCUGUCGGCGAUCAAGAAGACGAUAUUUUUAAGCGUCUUAAGCAACAAGAAGACCGUCGAACUGAAAACCAGAAGCGUAGAGCACAAAGAGAAGCCAACCAAAAUGAUUCAUCUUAUUUGGAUGAGGCUGUUAUACAACGCUCAGUAAAGGUUGAAUCUUCACAAGCAACGGUUGCCCCUUCUGUUGAGACAAGCACAGAAGACGAUGGCCGACCUAAUAAAAUACGGAAAACCGGUGGUCCGCCCCCUGAGGAUUUGGUAAAUUUAUCUGAAAGAGCCUCCAAUAGAUCGUUAGGAGCUACAAACAAAGAUCUCAUUAAUAAUCGUGCCGCCAACCGUCUUGGCCUUUCCAAUGAAGCUGCGACUACCUCUUCUAUUAACAAAAUUGCUGCUGCAAACUUAAAGUCUCAAAUGAUUUCAAAUGAAGUUCUUCAUGCUGUCCCUAUUGAGGACGUGGUUUCGUCCCCUACCCCUAGUGCUACGGAUGACAUAGCAAGCUCAGACCCUAGUGGUUUAGCAACUCCUAUUGAACCAGCACCCGUUUCAGCUGGCAUGAAACGAAAAGCUGAAGAUAAUUCAACCAGCGACGAAGCCACUACUGAUACAGUUCGGUUACAUGAAGCUGGAUAUCGAGAGCGUUAUUAUGAACAAAAAUUUGGAUUUUCCGUGGAUGAUACGGAUCAGUUAGGGGAGGCAAUCCGCCAUUAUGUUCAUGGAUUAUGUUGGGUUUUGCUGUACUAUUAUCAAGGUUGUCCUUCAUGGACUUGGUAUUAUCCAUAUCACUAUGCCCCCUUUGCGGCUGAUUUUAAAAAUCUCUCUUCUAUUGACGUCAAAUUUGACUUGAAUCAACCGUUCAGGCCAUAUGAGCAGUUAUUGGGUGUACUUCCCGCGGCAAGUAAAAACAAUUUACCGGAGAAAUUGCAGUCUUUGAUGACUCAAAAUGACUCGGAGAUCAUCGAUUUUUAUCCGGAAGACUUUGUUAUAGAUUUAAACGGUAAAAAGUUUGAAUGGCAAGGUGUUGCGUUGCUUCCUUUUAUUGAUGAAAACCGAUUGUUAUCGGCAGUUUCCAAGGUCUAUCCUUCUCUGAGUGAAGAGGAAGCUAGAAGAAAUACGAACGGAUCUACAUUGCUGUUUGUUUCUGAGCAUCAUCCCAUGUACCCAGAAGUCGUAAAGCAAUUGUACACAAAAAAGAAACAAGGGAAACCUUUGAAGUUAUCCGGAAAAGUGGGACAUGGUAUUUUUGGAAAGGUAAGCAAUGAUGAUUCUAUAUUACCAAAUGUUUCAGUACAAUGCCCAGUAGACGUUACCACUGCUGAUGCGCUUCAAAAAUACGGCAACAUUGAGAACAAUCAAAGUUUGAGCUUACAAUAUGAAGUCCCCAAAUCAAAUUUUGUUCAUAAAUCAAUGCUUCUUCGCGGUGUUAAAAUGCCCCCCAAAGUAUUGACUCCAGAAGAUGUUAGCAUCGUACGUGCAGAACGAAAUAAUACUGGACGCAGAAAUAAUAACUCUUUCCGAGGAGGUGGACCUCGAAGAGGAGGUUUCCAAGGCUAUGGUGCUCAACGUUCGUCCUAUCAAUCACAGAACUAUAGUUACAAUCAGCAAACGUAUACUGGAGUUACCAAUGGAUUUGCGAAUACGGGUAGUCAACCGCCGUGGAAGCAAUUUGGUAACUUCCCAAGAUCCGCGAAUGCGUAUAGUGCAAGAGGUGGAUAUGGACAAUCAGGCCCUUCAAAUGGCAACUUUCAUAUGAAUAAUCGUGGCAACUCUUAUGGCUACGGAUACUCUCCAGCUACAGGCUACAAUGGAAAGGGCGCUCAUCGAUGAUUUUAUCUUUCAUUAACUUAAUACUAUAAAUGACAUCAAACGGUUUUCGUUAGGGUAUUUUGGACUUUUAGAAUUACUUUACCCCUGGAUUCAUAUAAACUCAUAUAGUUGAUUUAUUUAAUUAUUUUAAUAAUAAAUUACGACAAAAUCCUAGUUUUCAUUAAGUUUGAGAGGCUUUGUCUCAGAGUAGACAUCAAAACGACGUUGGGUGUACAAGGAAAUACUUUUACGGGUUGAUGCCAUAUGCUCCGGGUCAAUAUCGGCAUAUACAAUACCAGGCUUUUCAUCCAUGGUAGCCGAUACCAUGCCGUCUGGUCCAACAACCGUAGAGUGUCCCCAGGCAUGAUAACUAGCAGACAUGUCACGAGCUGGAGCGCAAGAAGCGACAUAAAUUUGAUUGUCAAUAGCACGAGCUCUCGCAAGAAGCUCCCAGUGUAAAGGGCCUGUAGUAAGAUUAAAAGCACCAGGGUAAAUCAUCAUACAGCAACCAUUUCUAGCACCAAUCGUGGCCAAUUCAGGGAAACGAAUAUCAUAGCAAAUUCCCAAACCGAUUUUGCCAUAUUCAGUUGAAAUAAUGGUCAUAGAAUUACCAGGGCUCAGUGAAUCAGACUCACGGAACGUAAUUUUGCCAGGGAAAUCCACAUCAAAUAAAUGAAUCUUACGAUGAAUGCCAAUCAAGUUGCCAGAUGGAUUAAAGAUCAUGGAAGUGUUGUAAAGUUUAUCAUCUUUUCUUUCAGGAAUCGAGCCUCCAAAAAGAUAAAUUUUCAAAUCUUUAGCAAUGCAAUGCAAUGCUUGGUAUGUAGGAGAAGUCUCCUCAAUCGUCUCAGCAUAGUCAUUGAAAUACUGAUUACCAUAAGGAGAAUUGAAGCAUUCAGGCAAGACAACCAUUUGUGAGCCGUUGUUCACAGCCUCUGAAAUUUGAGCACACGCAUUCUUCAAGUUCUCGUUUUUGUUGGCAGUUGACGCAAGCUGAACGAGUCCAAUCCGAAAAGGACGAAAGUCCUUUGGAACAAGAGAAGCAUUGAAAUGGUUCAUUCUACAGGAAAACUUUGGUAAUACAAAUGGACUGAAUUUUCGAAUACCUUGAAUAAAUG